AUGAUACCUCCAUACCCUAAUUGUAGAAAAAAUAACUUUUUAAAAACCCGAGACCGAGAUAAGCAUUUGAAUUCAAAUCGAGCAAGACUAUACUUACCUCGAAAUUUACCUGUACUAAUACAAAAUAUUAUACCAGCUUCAACUUCAAUACAAAAUACACCAUUAUCUGAAAAUCCGACUCCUAUAGGCGAUCUAAUUUCAUUUGAUAAAAAUAUACCAACAUACUAUCCGAAUAUGUCAAAUGUACCAGUAGUUGACUUUCUAACUAAUUUGAAUAUAGAAGUGCCUUGGCUAGUUUCAUUUCCAGAUAAUAAAGAGCAUCAUGAUGUAUGGCAAAAUAGCAUUCAGUAUGCAAAAGAUAUAUUUAAAGUAGAUGGAGCCGAAUAUGCAUUCUCAACCUGGUUUAGAAAAAUUAAAAAGCUAAAUUUUGAGGCUAGAAUGACUGAAGAGCGAGCACAAAGAAUAUUAAAUACAAUUGAUAAUUAUGAGUAUUUAAUAAGAGUAAAAUUUAUUCGAGACAAUACAGUAAUAUCGGUUGAGAAAACAAAAAAGGCUUUAAAAUUAUUGCCAAAUAUAAGAAUAGAUAAAAAAUUUUUGAUUAGAGAAGUCAGUGAGCAAUCUGAGGUAGGGAAGCUUGACAGUAAUGCAGUAGUAUAUGAAUUAUAUCGAAUCCGAAAACCAGGGCAUGGACUCACAGAAAUUCAUCGGCAAAAAAUAAAUGAUUGGGAGAAAAAAAUACGUAUUCCAGCAAAAAAUAUCGAUCAGACAAUACUUGGAAAGCUAUUCAAUAAUGCUCUUCAAGAUCCUCAAGAAAUCUGGCUUAUGGGAGUAGGAGAUGAAAACCAAAGAGUUUCUCAAUUUGUUUUAGAAGACGGCUGUGCAUUUAGAACAUGGAUAAAGCAUACAGAUAUUAUAAAAGCAUGUAAGAAAUUAUUUGAAGACGCGUCUCUUAAAGUAGUUGACUUAGCAAAGCAAGUAUUUGGUGCAAACCAUGCUAGAAGUCGACUUGUCAAUAAAAUCAAUGAAUGGUGUCCAAUAUCUGAAAAAAUAAAUGAUAUUAUAAGACAGGCUUGUGUCGAGCAUAGGCAUGGUGGACGCUGGAAUGCAUCCAAUUAUCACAUUAAUGAUGUUGUAUGUAUCGACAUGAAAUCAUGCUAUCCAGCAAUCUGGUAUAGAAAAUAUUUUGCAUGUCGAAAUAGGGAAGGGUGUGUAAAAAGUAAAGGAUGGGCUCCAAUAGUAUUGUUACAAUAUCUUUUUGAGACAGGAAUUCUAGAAGACUUAACUAUUAGAGAAGUAAUCAUUUCUCUUACUCAGCAGACUAAAGUAUGGUUAUCAGAAAAUCAAGACAUUAGUUGUGCAAUUAUAGGUAAGUUUAUACAAGGUGGCAAGAUUGAUGAAAAACAUCUUAUUUAUCAACUUGUAACAGAUGAAAGUGAGCUUGAUUUCUUGAUUAAAGAUUGUACUGAUGCUGGAACUUUUGCCGGAAGAGAAAAAUGUCCACUCAGAUUCAUACUUACAUAUUACGAGGGACAUCAACCUCAAUAUACAUAUUUGCGAGCCUCAAUGUUAACAUAUGCACAUAUUAAUUUGUUAGAGAUGCUUCAGAGAUUUGAUCCUAAUGAAGUA